UCUUCCAGUAACUCACCAAAAUGUCACAAUGGGAAGGAGGAGAGGCACUCGGUACAUGUUCUCUAGGCCUUUUAGAAAACACGGAGUUGUUCCUUUGGCCACAUACAUGCGAGUCUACAAAUAGGGUGAUAUUUUAGACGUCAAAGGAAUGGGCACUGUUCAAAAAGGAAUGCCCCAUAAGUGUUACCACGGCAAAACCGGAAGAGUCUACAGUGUUGCCCAGCAUGCUGUGGGCAUCUUUAUAAACAAGGGCAAGAUUCUGGCCAGGAGGAUCAGUGUGCAGAUUGAGCACAUCAAGCACGCGGAGAGCAGAGACAGCUUCCUGAAGUAGGUGAAGGAGAAUGAUCAGAAGAAAGAGGAAGCCAAAGAGAAGGGCACCUGGGUUCAGCUGAAGCGCCAGCCUGCGCCACCCAGAGAAGCCCACUUUGUGAGGACUAACGGAAAGGAGCCUGAGCUGCUGGAGCCCAUUCCACACGAAUUCAUGGCCUAA